UGUGCCCAGCGGAAUGGUGGGAUCCAUGCUCUCCGUCUACCGGAACAUCUUGGUGCUCAGAGGCACUCUGAAGUCCAAUGCUGGGGCCAGGACCAGAAGACGCAGAAGGGGUAAAAGAGGAGGCGCCACCACUACCAGUGGUGUGGCUAAAGACGAAAGCAGUCCAGCACGGCCAGAGAUAAGUGAAAUCUGCCUGCCUGCUGAUUGCAAAGAAGGCAACUCCAAAAUGCCCUACCAGUGGCAAUUUAAGGCUAGAGAAACCUGGACCGACUUUUCGAUCAGUGAAGACAUCGAGAGGGACUUUUGUAACCCAAGCUGCGCUAGCUUCAUCGCUUUGAGUGUGAAGUGUGACCCCGUUUGUUUUGAUACCAUGACCUGCGGGCCCCAUGAGGUGCGACGGCUCUCCACAGCCCCCUCCGUGCUCAUGCCUGACUUCAUCCUCACCACCGAGUGGCUCUGGUAUUGGGAAGAUGAGAACGGAGAAUGGGUCCCCUAUUCCUCCAUAAAAGAGAGUCACAGGAUGUCCUCAGUGUCCUCCAGUGAUCUGGAAAAGCGUUACCAGGAAGACAACAACGCUGUGGUCCUCUUCACAGUUGGUAAAGAGCACUAUGAACUGAGUUUCAAAGAUAUGGAGCAAAAGAAUGUGAACUAUGGCACCCCGAGACGGGUUAGAAGAAGACCUAUAUUCAUCUCAUCGGUUGGUGUCCAAACCGCCAGAACCAGCAAGAAAAGAGGCCCUGUAUCAUCACAAUAUGGCAAAGGCGUACCAGGAUACCAGGAGUCUGCUGUGCCUGAAACAGGAUACAAGAGAGUAGCUCUGCUAAGUACUGACCGGGACUAUCUGAAGGUCCAGGAGCUGUUCUGCAAGACACUGAGCGGUUUUGACAUCAUCAGUAUUGAGAGGAUCCAGAACAAGGAGCUCUGGGAGGACUUUCAGACGAAACGAGAACGUAUGACGAAAGCCAACAAGGAUAAAAAGUACGUCGCUGGGGAACGUCUGCUCUUCCAUGGCACAGAUUCCAAGUUCAUUCAUUCAGAAGGAUGCUACUUUGCCCGGGAUGCAUGCUACUUCAACAGCUACACCUCUGACCACGGCGUACGCUCUAUGUUUGUGUCCCGCGUGCUGGUAGGCAGCUACACCCAAGGGCAGUCUCAAUAUAGCCUGCCACCCCCCAUAGAUGGAGGCCUCCUUCUGUAUGACAGCUGUGUAAACGAUGUCCGCGACCCUUCUAUCUUUGUGGUGUUUGACAAGCAGCAGGUCUAUCCCGAGUUCCUCAUUACCUACACUGAGCACGUCUAUCCUACGGAUCUGACAGGUUCUUCUCCUGAUUACGCUUCUUCUGCUGUCUCCGGUUUACUUUCUCCUGUUAAGACCACUGCGACUUCCACACAGUCCAAUUCUGCACACAGCUCCACCACGCUUACUGGCAUAACAAGUGCACUAAAAACGGUAACCGUGUCCACUUUGACCUCGAGUUCAUUUGUGUCCCCGCCUUCUGUGGUGUCAAGUCCAUCCUUGUCAUCUGUCAAGCCAUCCACAGGGUCUCCCCAAAGCUCUGUCAUAAAUCCCAUUCUUAUACCUCCAUCAUUUGUGUCCCCGCCUUCUGUGGUGUCAAGUCCAUCCUUGUCAUCUGCCAAGCCAUCCACAGCGUCUCCCCAAAGUUCUGUCAUGAAUCCCAUUCUUUAUCCUCCAUCAUCCAGUCUGAAACCAGCCCAGGUUUUACCUGCAACCAGGACCUCCGCAGGGUCAGCAACUCUGCCUGCUCCUGUUCCAGCCUCCACUUCUUCAAUGCUGCCAAACAGUCAUCCUUUACAGGCAGUUCAAAUGCGAAAGAGCGACGUCAGCAGUGAUGACUGCGAUUUUGAGUUUGUAGAUUCGUUUUACAGCCCAAGUUCUAAGAGCACAUCAACAGCCCUGUCUAAUCCAGGAAGAUCCAGCAGCUCCGCACUAAACCAGCAGUGGGUUCCCAAACCAGUUCCCAGUCGACGUCUGUACUCGUCGUCAGAUGCAUCUCUGGUCAGCACCACUAUGAGGUCUGCCACUCCAAAGUCAACAAGUACAAGAAGGGUGUCUCCUCCCCGCCUGUCCACUACAACAUCCUCGUCAGUGACUCUUCCUACGAGUCCACGAAGCCAAGACCUCUAUAAUGUCCCCUCAGCUACUCGGAGACAGAAUCAUGGAGCAAAAAAGAAAGAGGAAUGCAUCUUGCUUUGAUAUCAUUGCCUGUUUUGUCCGUUGGCCUAAAUUUUUUUAAUUGUUAAAACACAUUUUCCCAUCCCUACUCAGGGGUGCAAACUCGUCACCUUUCGGCGAAAUUCGCCGUUUCUGAUCCAAAUAGAUCAUUUGUGUGAUUCAUUCAAUAAAAAUAUUUUUAGGGGGGUUGGGGUCCUCCAAGUAAUCUGCGAA